UGGAGUAAAAUAAAUUUAAAAAAAAAUUGACACCAAACCAAAAUAUCGUUAUCUUCCUGCUUCGCCGUGGUGUGUGUGUGUGUGUGGCUAUCUUCCUUCCCCUGCUCUCUUCAUCUUCAACCUGAACCCUAACAAUCCUGCUCAUGAAAGUUUACACUUCCGAUUGCUGACUGAAUGACCUCCUCAUGCCUUUAUUAGAUAUCAUUACUCCCCAAUCUCCAUUCACGAACAACAACAACAACCUCUACUCCAUUGGAUUCCACUCAAUUCAUCAUGCUUCAACCGCCAGAUGGAGGAGAUAUUGCCACAGUUUCACCGCUCGUAUUCAGGUAUCUCGUGGUCGCAUGAUGAUUAGGGCAGUUGCUACUUUAGAACCUUUAUCUACUGGCAAUAAGGAAACCGAUAAUGCACAACAAGUACCUGCAAUUGAACCUAAAUCUUCAAUUGAAGAUGAUAAGGAGUUGUUGAGACGUAAGAGGAUUUCUAAGGCUAAUAAAGGGAAAGAGGCUUGGAAUAAGGGGGUUAAGCAUAGUCCAGAUAUUUGCAGAAACUCGGCAGAAGAUACGUGAGAGAACCAGGCUUGCUAUGCGUCGUCCUCAGGUCAAGAUGAAACUUCUUAAGGGAAUACAUAAGCAAACUCUCGAGACAAGGUUAAAGAUUGCAGCGGCGGUGCGACUCACAUGGGACAGGAAGCGGUAUAACCGGAGGAUGAUAGCCCGUUGCCACAGUGAGUGGCUUAAUCUACUAGCAGAAGCUUCUAGAAAGGGCUUUUGUGGUGAGGAAGAGCUGCAGUGGGACUCUUACGAUGUCAUCAACCAACAGCUCGGUAAGGAGUUUAAAGAAGGUAUUGAAUCAAGAAAAAAGACACGUGGGUCCGGCCCAGGGGUACGAGCACCCAAAACCCUCGAGCAGAGAAAGAAAAUCUCAGAGGCCAUUGCUGCCAAAUGGGCCGACCCUGCGUAUCGUGAUCGGGUUUACUCUGGCAUAGCUAAACAGCGUGGCAAAGAUCCUGAGGCUAGAGAUCCCGAUUGGGGGACGAAAAAGAAGUCACCUAAAAAAGUCAAACCCGUGAAGGACAGGUUGUACGAUCCCAAGGCUAGAAGUCAACGGGCUAAGGUAAAGACAAGUAGCGGUCCUAUAAAGGUACCACCACAGGCUAGAUUCAAGGACCCGCAUGCUAGAUACAAGUUAGAGAUGAUAAAGAGUAUUAGAGCACAGAGAGCAGCUUCAGAUCCCAAAAUAAGUGAAGCUAUCUUAAGAGCCAAUAUUUUGAUUGGUGAAGCUCAGAGAGCUGCAGAGGCACUAGAGGCGGCAGCGGCAACGAGUCCGACAGCGGAAGCUUCGUUAAUUGAAACCAGAAAGUUGAUUGCUGAAGCAAAGAGUUAUAUCAAGUCCAUAGAGAUGGGUAAUAGUGGAUCUGCAGGGGCUAGUUUUGACAAAGAGGAGAUAGUUGAAGGUGUAAGGGAAAUCGAGCAAAGAGGAGUGAACGGAACAGGAUCUUUAGAUAUUGCAAAGUUUGGUGAGGAGGAGGGUCUUCAAGCAAAUGUGAAUGGAGUAGAACAUGUUAAUCUAUCAUCAACGGCAACAUCAUCGUCAUGGAGUGAUUCGACUUUGAAGACCAAGGAAGUGAAAGAAGAUGGUGAGAAACAGGAAAAAGGAGGCAAAAGAAGAAAAUGGGUUUGUGGGAGGCUGGUUGAAGUUGAUGAAGAUGGAGAUGAGGAUGAGGAUGAGGAUGAGGAUGAGGAUAAGGAUGGAGAUGAGGAUGAAGAUGAGGUGGAUUAGUAGAUUAGAAGCUGUAGUUGUAGUUGUUGUUUGUGCAUGUGUAAUAUAAAACUAGACAAAAAAGCAUGUCAUGACUUGGCCUUUAUGAUCUAUGCUUCCAUUUUUUCACUAUAUUACUUGCUCUAUGUUCACUCAAUAUAAAUCAUUUUAUCCA